AUGGCUGCCUACUUGCCCAAUCAAGACUGCCGUUUAGAUGAUCGCAGCCGCAGUCCCAACCAAUCCGCACGUCCAACAGCGAGAAGUUCUAGCAGACCCAGACGCCCAACCGAACCCAUUCCCAGCAGACCGGCUCAUAGACACCGCAGACUUCCCAGUUCCACAUCGCCAGAAAGACGUCAACGAAGCCGCUCCGCUGCAAGAUCCCGCCAACGCCAAGAACGACCCAGCUAUUGGCAGUACUCCUAUAUGGCUGCCUACUUGCCCAAUCAAGACUGCCGUUUAGAUGAUCGCAGCCGCAGUCCCAACCAAUCCGCACGUCCAACAGCGAGAAGUUCUAGCAGACCCAGACGCCCAAGAUGGAUACAGUUUACACUAGAUGCUUCUGUUGAGAUUCGUGGAUUUUGUGACGCAUCGGGAGCGCAUAUGGCUGCCUACUUGCCCAAUCAAGACUGCCGUUUAGAUGAUCGCAGCCGCAGUCCCAACCAAUCCGCACGUCCAACAGCGAGAAGUUCUAGCAGACCCAGACGCCCAACCGAACCCAUUCCCAGCAGACCGGCUCAUAGACACCGCAGACUUCCCAGUUCCACAUCGCCAGAAAGACGUCAACGAAGCCGCUCCGCUGCAAGAUCCCGCCAACGCCAAGAACGACCCAGCUAUUGGCAGUACUCCUGUGGGUUGUGUCAGGAGGACCAUGCCCUCAGUGCUUGCGAGAGGUUUCGCCACCAGACCCCCUUCCAGCGCUAUGAGACUGUGGAGCGUAGGGGAUAUGGCUGCCUACUUGCCCAUCAAGACUGCCGUUUAGAUGAUCGCAGCCGCAGUCCCAACCAAUCCGCACGUCCAACAGCGAGAAUUCUAGCAGACCCAGACGCCCAACCGAACCCAUUCCCAGCAGACCGGCUCAUAGACACCGCAGACUUCCCAGUUCCACAUCGCCAGAAAGACGUCAACGAAGCCGCUCCGCUGCAAGAUCCGCCAACGCCAAGAACGACCCAGCUAUUGGCAGUACUCCUUUGGGUUGUGUCAGGAGGACCAUGCCCUCAGUGCUUGCGAGAGGUUUCGCCACCGACCCCUUCCAGCUCUAUGAGAAUGUGGAGCGUAGGGGGUACUGCGAAAUUGCCUUGCCAGAAGUCAUUUGGCCCCUGA